UGUUUGAUUUACAGUUUUGGUUUGUGAUGUAGUUUGGGCUCAUUUCUCGUUGUGGGUUAUCUGCAUUUAUUGGUUGUGAUUGAGAACUGAUUGUUUUUUUUUGUUGUAGGCUUCAAUUGUGUUUGGAGCUGUGAAAAUGCUUUCGUUCGAAAUGAAUGAUCGCAAAAAGAUAGGGCUAGGAUUGACGGGAUUUGGAGUGUUUUUCUCAUUCUUGGGGAUCAUAUUGUUCUUUGACAAGGGACUAAUUGCCAUGGGAAAUAUCCUCUUCUUCUCAGGGGUGGCACUGACCAUUGGUCUCAAGUCGUCACUGCAGUUCUUUAGUAAACGUAGUAAUUUCAAGGGAACAAUAUCAUUUGGUGCUGGCUUUUUCUUGGUUAUUAUUGGUUGGCCUAUACUGGGUAUGAUUCUUGAGGCAUAUGGAUUUGUCGUACUUUUCAGUGGUUUCUGGCCAACACUGGCAGUAUUUCUGCAAAAGAUACCUAUCCUAGGUUGGAUCAUCCAGCAGCCCUAUAUCAGAUCGUUCUUUGAACGCUACCGUGGAAAACGUGUCCCUGUAUAAUGCCAUUUUAAAGAUGCAAAGCAAGCCAGAUUGAUUAGCCCACUUUUACGAAUUUUAAAGCACUGUGUUGUAAGAUGCAUCUCGAAGGGAUAGUUUGUUCCUAGUUGAUGGUAUAGGCGUCUGUCCCUAAUGCAGUUCCUUUUUUUGGCUUUUUCUGUAACUACAAGCAAUCUGUCCUUUAUUGGUUGUGGGGUGGGGGUGGGGGGGUGGAAGGGGUUCCCAUCAUGUACUAGUUACCAAUUUGAUCCUUUUGAUUAAUCUUUUGGUAUUCAUAUUUUGUUGAUGUACUUGGAUAGAGUUCAAAAGUUUCCUUGGAA